AUGUCAAGGACACUGGCCCUAGUUCCAGAAGUAGAAAGUCAGGAAACUUUCAUCCAAAGGAAAACCAGGGAGUCCUCUGCUACCCUCAGGAGAGCUAAAGGGCUAAAGGACCCAGAAGAUAAUCAACUGCUCUGCAUAUUCUUAAGAACAGAAAAUAUGGAGAGCCAGAAUACUUUAGGGUGUGAACAUGAGAGAUAUCUGCAAGCCAACAACAAAGAAUUCAACAGUAUUUUUGGAUAUCCGAAAAGGCAUCAAAGUGACGAUCGAGUCAACAACCGGCCUGUUCUGCUACUGGUGAAUGGCAAGAUAAAGGAGGACAAAUGGAUGAAUGUUCAAGUGGGAGAUAUAAUAAAACUAGAAAAUAAUCAGCCUGUCAUGGCAGAUAUACUAUUACUCUCUAGCAGUGAGCCAUAUAGUCUGACGUACGUAGAGACAGCAGACCUGGAUGGUGAAACCAACCUGAAAGUGAAGCAGGCCAUCUCAGUUACCAGUGACAUGGAAGAUCGCCUGGAGCUUCUGUCUACCUUUAAUGGAGAAGUGAGAUGUGAGGCUCCCAAUAACAAAUUGGACAAAUUCUCAGGAAUACUGACCUAUAAGGGGAAAAACUACUUCCUGGACCAUGACAAGCUGCUACUCUGAGGCUGCAACAUCAGGAAUACAGAUUGGUGCUAUGGCUUGGUGAUCUACACUGGGCCAGAUACCAAAUUAAUGCAGAAUAGUGGAAAGUCCACUUUUAAACGAACACAGAUAGACCAUCUCAUGAAUGUCCUUGUACUCUGGAUUUUCCUGGUUUUAGGCAUCAUGUAUUUUGUCCUAGCAGUUGGGCAUGGCAUUAGGCAGAACAAGAAAGGCUACCACUUCCAGAUUUUUCUGCCAUGGGAAAAAUAUGUCUCUUCAUCAGCUGUCUCUGCCAUCCUCAUAUUCUGAUCCUACUUCAUUAUUCUCAAUACCAUGGUGCCCAUUUCCCUCUAUGUCAGUGUUGAAAUAAUAAGAUUGGGCAACAGUUUAUAUAUGAACUGGGAUCGGAAGAUGUUUUAUGCACCAAGGAACACACCAGCACAGGCUCGUACUACCACCCUUACUGAGGAGCUUGGCCAAGUCAAAUAUGUGUUCUCUGACAAAACAGGGACUCUGACUCAGAAUAUUAUGAUUUUCAACAAAUGUUCUAUUAAUGGGAAGCUUUAUGGUGAUACUUAUGACAAGGAUGGACAGAGGGUGACGGUCUCUGAGACAGUUUAUGAGACCUGGUUUAUCACAUGCUACAAUCUGGUCUACACUUCCCUCCCUGUCCUGUGCAUGAGUCUGUUUGAUCAGGAUGUGAAUGAGACAUGGAGCCUCCAUUUCCCAGAGCUGUAUGAGCCAGGCCUGCACAACCUCUAUUUCAACAAGAAAGAAUUUGUGAAGUGUUUAAUGCAUGGGAUCUACAGUUCCUUCGUGUUGUUCUUUGUCCCCAUGGGGGCUCUUUACAAUGCAGAACGAAAUGAUGGGAAGGACAUCUCCGACUACCAGUCCUUCUCCCUGGUGGUGCAGACCUCCUUGAUCUGGGUGGUCACAAUGCAGAUCGCCCUGAGGACAACCUACUGGACAACGAUAAACCAUGUCGUCAUCUGGGGUAGCCUGGGUUUCUACUUUUGGGUGUCAUUCCUCCUGUACAGCGAUGGCUUGUGCCUAGUAUUCCCUGAUGUCUUCCAAUUCCUAGGUUUUUGACAGAAUUCAAGAGUGCAGGAGACUUCCACGGCAGUCCCCAGUCCGGACCAAACUGAAACACUCAAGCACGCGACGUUCUGCCUAUGCAUUCUCCCAUAAACAAGGCUUUGGGGCCCUCAUCACUUCCGGCAAGAUAGUGAAGCCCAGGAUGUCCAAGAGAAACACCCUUUUUUUGAAAAAGAUAGAGGCCCUAGGGAAAUUCCAAAGGAGGCAGUCAGUGCUCUUCCUCCCUCGUACUCAUGCAACUUAGGAAGAAUUAGAGUCCCUGGGAAACCAGCAUAAACCUGCUCCUUCAUUCUUACUAGGGACUAAGCCUCUUAAUUGUCCAGAAGGCUAUUCCCAGAAAGGCAAGGAGCGGUAAGGAAAGAGCCCCCAGAUAUCUGCCAGAGUUGCAGCAUUUCAAGAAAAAGAAAAAAAAAGCAACCUCAGGCCUGCCUCCCACCAUCUCUUGCAAGUUUUAAUCCAGACAAGCAUAUGUAGAGGGGGUGACAAGAGACAGUAUGGGGAAGGGAAAAGAAGAUGGAACCUAAGAAUUUUACUUUGGGCCCUAUCUCCUAUACUCAGAGCAAGCAUAAACCUUCCCAGGGCCCUACACAAACAUAUUCCCAUCGAGGCAUCACAUAAAAUAAAAUCAACCAUUUAAAAAGGUAUAAUUUAGUGACAAUUGCUUCCCAUUUAUAAGCAAGGGAUGCAUGAGUGCUACCCAUAGACUGGAUAUGGGCCAUGUCGUUAGGGUUUCUUGAUCUCGUUAGAUAAAUUAUCUGAAAUUUUGAGGAGACUUCAGCAGAAAGAAGCAGGGGAUAUGCUGUCAAAUGCCUGUGGAUUUAUACUAAGAAAGAAAGAAGGGGCAUGAGGAAAAUUUUCUUUAUCUCGAUUUUGGAGGUGGUUACAUGGGUAUGUAUUUGUCAAAAUUGAUUGACCUGUAUACUUAAAAUUUAUACAUUUUAUUUUAUGUAAACUAUAUCUCAAUAAAGUUGAGUUUUUUAAUGUCUAGAAA